AUGCCGGCACAGCCCCGAAAGCGACGCGACCCGAGCCAAGAAGGUCCCAUCUCCGCUUUUGAAAGGUGGAAAAAAAAAAGAAGCGAGGUGGAUACGACCAACCGCCCGAACCUAGUGGGGUCCUCCAUCCACACCCUCAACUCGGCCAAGGCGUCCCCGACGACGCCUUCGCCCCAUGCCUUCGAGCCGAACACGCCCAAAGCCAUGAUCCUCGGGCCCGGCUACGGCUCCUUUGUGUCCACUCCGUCGGACCCGCUCUCGAACCUGAGGUUUGAGCCCCUCAGUGAUGCACUGGUGGCCGACAAGGCCGCUUCCCAGAUCGACAGACCGCGCAGCGCCAUAUGGUAA